GCGCGCGGGCGGACCUCGUGCGGCGGGUGUACGUGGUGCUCACCGCGGGGCUCGGGGUGCGCGCCGGCCCGGACGUGGGAGCUCCGCGCACGGGCGCCGUGCUGCGCCGCGGGGAGCUGUUCGAGGCCUCGGUGGUGGCCCCUGGCGCCGACGGCCGGGUGUACCUCAAGGUCCGUGCCGCCGCCGAAGGGGGUACUCAGAUGGACAAGGACAGCUUCGUGCCCAGCUGGAAGGGCUCCGGGAGCUGUCAACUGCAGAGCUGA